UUAAGGCAUUCACGUGUACCUCAGCUCUAGAUAAGCUGCAUGACGUCUUUGAAAUACUGAAAAGUGGUAAAUUCAUAGAUAAAACAAUGGAUUUCUUCCUUCAAAUGAAAGAUGAAGACCGUAUCCACGAGCAGGCGACAUUCCGGCAAUCAAUUGUUGACAUGUUUUCAAUCAUGAAAGAGAUGGACAGUUUUGAGAAAUGCAGACUCUCAAAAACAGAAUUUAAAGGUGUAAAAGCAAUACUGACAUCGGUAAUAGAAUAUUUGAAGGAAAACACAAAUGACGUUAUUGACGACGAGGUAGUGGAUGCUUUUCGCGAAUUCACAGAAAAGUCUGACAGACUCACAAAAUGCGAAAAGAGAGUUCACAAUGACAUGCAAGAUAGUGGUGUCGUUGACGUACCUCCAAAGAAAUGUAGGGAUAUCCAGACGUCAUCUAACAACGAUGCCGUGCAGUGUCUUUUGUCUUCCACGAUGGACAAAGUUGAUACCGGUAAUAGUCAGCAAGGUUCUACUUUAAGUGACUCAACUGAACCCGAGUGUAAACAUAUACUAGACUGCGGUCAUAAAUGUCAAGCAAAAUGUCAUAUGCCCCAUACAGAGGUUUGCGAUAUCGAUGUUGAAAAGACGUUUCCAUGUGGACAUAUAGGCAAUGUCAAAUGCUACAAAAAAGACAGUGCUAUGUGUCAAGAGCCAUGUGGUGGUAUCUUAGCUUGUGAACAUCCUUGCACAGGAACAUGUGCAGAAUGUUUCCAAGGUCGAUUGCAUAAGCCGUGUGAAUACCAGUGCAAAAGAAUAUUGGUAUGUGAUCAUGAAUGUACUAACAAAUGCAACCUAUGCCUGCCAUGUACAAGAAUAUGUGAAAAUAGAUGUCAACAUAGCAAAUGUAUUAAGCGGUGUGGAGAAUUGUGUGUACCUUGUAAGGAAAAAUGUACUUGGAACUGUGAACACUUACAGUGUGGUAAACUUUGCAGUGAGCCAUGUGACCGAGCGAGAUGUGACCAGCCAUGCAAGAAGUUGCUUGCUUGUGGCCAUCCAUGCAUUGGUCUAUGCGGAGAACCAUGUCCUACUGAUUGUAGAGUAUGUAAUGAACAGACGGUCACCGAAAUAUUCUUUGGAAAUGAAGACGAACCUGAUGCAAUGUUUGUACUGCUUGAAGACUGUAGAGCUAAAUGUAUCAUUGAAUCAAAUGCUAUGGAUAAUUAUAUGGAUCAGAAAAACAAUGAUGGUAAAAUAAAACUGAAAGAGUGUCCAAAAUGUAAAACGCCAAUAAGGAAAAGUAAUCGAUAUAGACAUAUUAUUAAUGAGACUCUUCUCGACAUUGAGAAAGUGAAAGAAAAAAAAUUGUCUGAUAAGGGGCUAGUGAAGGAAUUAGAAAAUAAAAUACUUCAAGCACUUCUUGAAGUUCAAGAUAAAACAAUUGCACAAUCAGUUGAACGGAAAAUUAGAGCGAUGAAAGAACUGAAGUCUGAAAAUACUUUAGUAGCAUUGCUGAAUCAGCUGUCACUUUUGAAAGCAAUCUUGAAAUUGGCAAAAGAGUGGAAGGAUCAGGUGCAGCGUGAACAUUUAAAGGACGAUCUUGAAACGGCGCUUGAGUUUUUACAGCGUUUCCAGUAUUGGGUCAUGCAGGAUCGGUCUUUUAUGACCGAAGAGGAACUUUCCGAUGCAAAGCUUGAAAUUUCAAGAUCAUAUGACCUUAAGAAGUUAUUAUCAUAUAAGCAACAAGCUACUGACAUAGGUCAAGACAUAGAUAGUUCUCUUCAAGCAAAGAUAUCAGAGGCUGAGAGUGUACUUAAAGGAAGCCGGAAAUAUGAACAACAAGUUCGCAGUACCGUAGAAUCCUGCCUGAAAGAACUAAAGGAUGCUCUACCUCAAAGCGGUCUAGGUGUUUCAGAGGAAGAGAAGAUUAUGAUAGUCAAAGCUAUGAAUUUCAAACAAAAGGGACAUUGGUGCAAAUGUCCGAACGGUAAAUGAUGUUUCUUGAAACGGUUUUGUCGGC